AUGCAAGGUGUAUUAGGUUGGCAAGUGCUCGGUUGGAUAGUAGGGUUUGGCGUUUUAGUGGCCGGUAGCUCUAAUAUUAGGAACGAUGGCCGGUCGUUAGUUAUGAAUAGCCGGCCUUUGGAAGAUUCAGUGGAGGCAAUAUUCUCUCCACCUAAACCUAUUAGUGUGCUGCCAUUAUAUAUGAUCAUGAUCGGGCUCUUCUUUGUAGCCGGGUUGACGCUAAGUAUCUGUUUGGCCUUAGUACUUCUAAAGUCGUACAACUCACCGGAUCUACCCAGUCCCUUCUAUUCAAACGACAAUGUUACAUUGGGCCAGUGUCUGGACUAUCUUGGCUUGCGCACGCCUAAUAUUUCCUUUCAGAAUGAAACACAUCUAGCUUGCGAGCUUACAGUUACAAAACCAAUUCCAAUUUGCGACCAGGUAUUUACUGAUGAAAGCACUAAUUUGUAUAGUAUUUAUUGGCCUAAUGUCUAUGUAUCCCAAUGGCUAAAUGAUCCAACCCUGCUAGUUGACGCCACAGGGUUUGCCCUUCAGUACGCUAAUGGAGAACAAAAAGCCCAACUUAAUAGCACGUUUCAGGAGUGGUACUGCCGUAUCGUUGGCAAUAACCAGUCCUAUUUUAAGCAUGUGUUAGUUAAGGACUGCCCAAACUAA